ACAUGUUAAGUUGUUUGUGUACCUUUCGGCAGUCAAAAAUUGUAAAUAAAUUGUUUACCAGCUAUUAAUAAAUCUUUUUUCUGUGUCCUGGGUGUGUUAUGAAAAGAGCAGCCACUAUGGACCAGUUGACAUAUGAGACAGCAAUCAAAAAAGCUCAGCUGGUGGAGAGGAAUCCUCAGUCCCAGAUUGACCCUAUGCGAGUUUCCAUGCACGAUGAAAAGGACAUUAUAACCCUGGCUCAACAAAUUCAACAUGCAGAUAAGCAGUUGAAAAGCACGACCUGCCACAAGCUUGGUGUUAUAAUGGAUCAGAUAAAGAUGCUUCAAGCCCAGGCCAUGGAGAUACUGAAGGAAUCUAAUGCCAAUCGAGACCUACACAGUGCUGCCUGCAAUUUUACCAAAAAACCCGGCCAAAUCUAUCAUCUUUAUCAAAGAUCAUCGGGUCAAAACUAUUUUAGCAUGCUGUCCCCGGAAGAGUGGAACCCAGUUGAUCAGACAUUCAAAGGUAGCUACCGGCUGGAGUUUGAUUUGAGUUGGACUCCUGUGGAUAAGAUAAAAGAGCAGGAUGAGAAGCUCAAGUGGGUGGAGCAGUGCAUGCAAAAGGCCUUGGACGGAGGACAUGGAUCCGCUAUGGCAAUAGACUUUAACAUAAAUAAUAAUUAAAAUCAAAAUUAGUCGAAUUAGGUUAAAUAAAUGGCAAUGAAAAAUGUAA